AUGAAGAGCAACACAAGUCUACAAUCCUCCACCACUGCUACCAUCGAGGAAGCGCAGACGUGGUCCAGUGUCGUACUCAACGACAAGCUCACACUCGAGCACGUCGCCAUCGAUAUCAACACCGACCGCGUCCAGUAUCACCUUCACCUCGAGCUGGAACACCCUCUCCCUGAACCAUAUCUCGCCAAUGCCGAUGACAACAACCGCAACGUGCACUGCAUGUCAUGGCGUAAGACCGAGAUGAACCAUGUGGAGGUUGAAGAAUUAGCCAAAAAGGUCGAAGCUGCGGGGAAUUCGAAUGAUCCAGCAAAGGCUCGAAGCUCCACGUUGGCCUCUGCUGAAGCUGACGACCUGCCCCCAACUCUUAGCCGUCCUGGUCCGGUGACAGCUCACUUAAUGGCCGGCUUUUCGCCGCUUGAAGUACAGAUCGAAGUCAACUCUAUCAUUUCAGUUGACACAGUGGGCCAAACGUUUACUGCUGAUGUGACGUGGGAGGUUACGAUGCCGGCUAUCACCACAAUCCGAGAAGACUCGGUACUACGUGAGCUCAUGGACAUUCUCGAGUUCGAUGAGAACCAGUUUGAGUUCACGAACGUCAACUCGAUGCAAGAAGAGCGCGAGAUGACGUCCAGUCUGUCACCAGCGGGGCCUGUUCACUUCACAGACUCAACUAGUUUAGCGUUGCCAGUGACGGCGACGUCGGAGUAUCUGAGUCACCUGCAAUUUAGUCGUCGAGUGGUGGCUGCGUUUAGUGAGGAGGUGACGCUGCGCAGUUUCCCUGUGGACCAACAGAAGCUCACGUUUGCGUUCUCUACGGGGACGGGGGUGAGGAAGUCCCUGCGGGUCACACCGGGAGCGGUAGACGCAGGCACGUUCGCCAUCGCCAACUACAAAUCGACGCUGAAGGUGACAAGAAGAGUAUUCGAUUCGAGAUGA